AUGAUACGUCAGUUACAGUGUAUCGUUUUUUAUUUCCAAUUUUGGUGGACCCUCUACGGACCCUGGGACUGUCUCAACUGUCGCGGACCAUGACGAACAUCAGUCAAUACAAGCACUGGGAGGAAGUUGCUAACCCCUCUACUCGAUACAUUUAUGAUAUUUUCAAGAAAAAAGGUUUUGAGUUGAGGGUGGUAGGAGGGGCUGUGAGAGACGUUCUGCAGGGUAAAUCUCCUAAAGAUAUUGAUAUGGCAACCAGCGCUACCCCUACUGAUAUUGUUGAUAUUUGCACCAGCGAGGGUAUCAAGCAUAUCUUAACAGGAAUACAGCACGGCACAGUAACGCUGAUGGUUGAUGACACGCCCUACGAAGUGACGACACUCAGAGUUGACACGGACACGGACGGAAGACACGCUGAAGUGGAGUUCACUACUGAAUUCCAGCUAGAUGCCGCUCGCAGGGAUCUUACUAUAAAUGCUAUGAGCGCAGAUGUUGAUGGAACACUGUAUGACUAUUUUGACGGAAAGCUUCACUUACAAAAUAAGCAGGUAUUGUUCGUUGGUGAUCCUGUUGAACGCAUUGCAGAGGACUAUCUCCGUAUACUAAGAUACUUCAGAUUUUACGGACGUAUUGCUAAGGAAGGCGAUCAGUGGGAUGCUCCAACAAUUUCUGCUAUCGACCACAAUAAAGCUGGGCUCAAACAAAUAUCUCGGGAGCGGAUCUGGCUAGAAAUGCAAAAAAUGAUUGUUGGGAACCAUGUCAAAGAAAUUCUGAUUAAAAUGAAAUCGCUAGAACUGUUUCCUUUGAUAAACCUCUCAGAUAAAUUCAAUAUAAACGAUUUAAGCUCUCAGCAUUCAAUAGCCAGUAUCAGCGACAUUAGAUCAGUUACCCUACUCAGCUAUGCGUUCAAAUCAGUUGAAGACUUCUCCAAACUUCGGAAGGCCUGGAAGAUGUCCUCAGAUGAGGAGUAUAUCGGACAAUUCGUUAUCAAACACAGGAAAUUAACGGAAGUGAAAUAUUUCAAGGAUUUGCUGGUGGACACUCCGAAACAUUGCCGGCACAAGUUUCACAUGGCCUUUAAGGAACUUUGUUUAAGUCGAGGCUCCUCAGAUGACAACUUGUUGAAGACGUUAUCCGAAUGGAAUGUUCCAGAAUACCCAUUGCGUGGAGACUUAGUUAUCAAACAUCUGUCUUUACCCAAGGGUCCGUUAGUUCAUAAGUAUGUCAGUUUAGGAAAAAACAAGUGGAAAGAAAGUCAUUACAGCUUGUCGGCAGAUGAAAUUUUAACUUAUCUUGCCCUGGAAUUUAAUAAAUCAAAAAGAUGAUGAUUCAUCAUCGUUUCUAUUUGAUGACUUGUUUUAGGUUUGUAAAUUUAUUUCAUUCAGUUUUCAAUAUCUAAGUUCACAUUUUCUUCAUUCGUUUACGAUUUUGAUGUUUUUAUUUUGCGUG